AUGUCGUCCUCAGCAUCAAGAGGCGGCGAACGCAUGGUUCAGCAAGACUACAUCGCCCGAAUACGAUACUCGAAUGCUCUACCACCUCCUCCAAACCCUCCCAAACUACUCGAAAUCCCAAAUACAGGCCUCGCCAGCGGACAAUAUACAACACCCGGCUAUGCCUCACGUCUGGCACGCGAUCAGCCGCUCAACAUCGAAGCUGACGCCGAGCUUGGUAUGCCAUUAGAUCUGGUGGGAAUGCCUGGCAUAUUUGAUGGGGAUGAGAGUUCAAUCCAAGCGCCAUUACAAUUACCUGUACCUCACCCUCACGAUAGAGCGCUUUUGCGACCACUUUCAACGCUUGGGAAGCCCAAGUUUUCCGACACUGGUGUAUCUUUCUUGCGGCGGACCGAAUAUAUCUCCUCAUACACAUCAAAAUCGCGGUUCGAAUCUACAACAUCAAGAUCUCUGAUUGAUAAUACUGGGAGUAAAAAGAAGCGGCCGGUAGUCGAUUUUGAUAAAGAGUCACCUGAGAAUAUUAAAAAGCAAGUUGAGGAGAGCUUCGCUAUUGCAGCGCGGAAUCUGAAAAAUAAGAACAUUGCGCGGCAUCCUACCAAGCGCAAUGUACAUGUCGUAGACGCAUAUCCUCUUUUACCCGAUGUAGAUGCAUUCCCUGAUGCUGGAGGAUAUGUCACAGUCAAAUUUCUCACAAAUCCAGUCCCACCAAGCACGACAUACGACGUGAGGGUGGAAAACAGUAUGCUGGUCCCAAUCGAUCCACCCGAGGAAGAACAAGCUGCUAAGCAGGCGGCUCAAGAAGCCCACAAUGCGGAUCCAGAACACAAUCCGCCGCCGGAGAACACGUUAGAGUACGAGCUUUUCAUGCCAGAGACUGUGGAUGCUGCUCUGAAUUAUAAGCGGAAGUUCGAUAUUCUUGACAAUGAUCAUCAGGAAGAAGACUUGUAUACAGAUAAGCAGGGUAAUGGAGAGGGAUGUUUCAGAUUCAAACGUGUGCGUGCGUAUGAGAGCGCGACGUCCGCAGGUACCUACGAAGAAAAGUAUGAUGAUGAAGUGAUCAUCGCUCUCCAUGACGGCAAAGACGGGAGACUUCAGAAAGGGGCAUACUACUAUCCCAUUGUCCAACGUAUCAGCAUUCGUCCACAGCGACAGAAGAAUAUUGAUAAGCGGAUGGGCCGGAUGCAGAGCCAGCAGGAGGAGGUUACUGACUACAUGGAUAUGCGAAUUGAGGAUCCAGAUGCGGAGGUCAUUGCGACGAGAACUGUUUUUAGGGAUUAUCCAUAUGGAGAAUCCGAGAAAUUGGAAGCUGAGAAGCUGGAAGCUGAGAGGCUGGCUGAUGCUGCAUCGCCUACUGAGGAUUAA